UUGCAUCAGAAAGUAAACGCACAGUCUUAUAUCAUACGCCAUCCAUUAACAUUUAGAAUUUCAAUAAAUUACCAUGAAAGAGAGAAAGAGUACACAAAUGAAUGAAUAAAAAAAAAGCAAAAGACAAGCAAAAAUGAAAUCUUUUAUCCGUUUAUCUGUAAUAAUCAGUGUUACGCAAUUGUUGAUUACAAUGUCAAAAGCUCAGUGGUGUGUUAAAAAGAAGCAUGUUGCAAAAACCCGUCUGCAAUGGAAUGAGGGCGAACGUAUCAUUACAAAGCGAGACUUCUUUCUUAGGACGAAAUUGAGUCGAGUUCCCUACGUCUUCACCAGCAAAGAGACAUAUUACGAGUAUGUGCCGGAAAGAGUUUGUUGCAAUGGCUAUCAUCAAGUGGAUGAUAAUUGUGAGCCAACAUGUUAUCCAAGCUGCUCAACGAACAGUACAUGUUUCAAGCCAAAUUUAUGUCGCUGUACUGUGGGCUAUUAUGGCAACGAUGAUCACUCUUUGUUAAUAAAAUGCAGUCCCUAUUGUGAAGAACUAUGUCCGCCAAAUUCUAAAUGUACUGCACCUAACAUGUGCACCUGUCUAGAAGGCUAUCGCAAAUCGCCUACAGGGGGCGAGGAUUGCGAACCAAUUUGUAACCACAGAUGCGACGUAAAUGCUUAUUGUGAAAAACCGGAGGUUUGUGCCUGCAAAAAGGGUUAUGAAAUGAUUGAUAAUCGAUGCGAACCAAUUUGCCUACAGCCUUGUCCUGACCAAGCUAGAUGUAUUGAACCUAAUAGGUGUUUAUGUGUGGAAGGUUAUCAAAUGCAAUUAACCUCUCGUUAUGAACACUAUUGUGAGCCCAUUUGCGAAAUAAAAUGCUCAACCUUUGGUAAAUGCAUAGCUCCAAAUAAAUGCGAAUGUUUUAAUGAUUACAAGCUGAAUGCGAACACUUCCAUCUGCGAGCCGAUUUGCAGCUCUGGUUGUGAAAACGGUCAAUGCUUAUCUCCAAAUAUGUGUGUUUGUAAUAAAGGGUAUUUAAUGGGCCCCGAUAACAAAUGUCAACCGAUUUGUUCGCAAAGCUGUAAACAGGGUCGUUGCAUUAGGCCCGAACAAUGCGAAUGCGAGAAAGGUUUUCGUCUGGAAAAAAACUCAACAGUCCUAUGUCAGCCAAUUUGCGAGCCGCCUUGUACGAACGGUGAUUGCGUUGCUCCCAACUUUUGUGUCUGUCAUAAAGAUUACAAACAUCCAGAUGAUUAUAAAUAUCAUAUAUGUGAGAAAAGUAUAUCUUUAAGUACGUCAACAUCAGAAACAACCGAAGACUUUACUGAAACUUCAACCACCACUGAAAUCUACACAAUGGCAGACACCACAAUAGACCCCUUAAAGUUUUUAAAAGACGAUGUCACAACUUCUACGGUAGAGCAUACCGGAAUUAAAUUACCACAAACUUCAAAUGACAGCAAGACUUUCACAUCUCUAACAGAAUGCUUAAAACAUUGUCAAUGUUGGCAAGAAUACGAUGAUUUCGGCCCUUUAUCUACCACAACAUGUACGGCCUUCUGUACAUAUGAAAAUGAUCAGCAAUGUUUAAAAGGUUCAUUGUGUAAAUGUGAUUGGAAGUUAAAGCGGAUGAUCUGUCACUUGGCAGACGGAGAAAGUUUUGAUGAUAUACCUUCACUUUAUCAGUGUAAAGCUAAUGCAUUGACUGCGAAAGUACCUGAGUUGGAAAAACGAUCCGCAAAAGAGGAAACGUCAGCCUAUUUAUUGUGGUUGGGCAUAGGUAGUGGUCUGGUAAUUUUAAUUAUCCUUACUAACUGCAUAAUAUAUUGGAAGUUUUCUACAAGAAAUAGUGAUUACUUGGUGCAAUAUGAACAGCAAAGCAGCAACUAAAAUUUAUAAAAUAUUUUAAAAUCUGUACAAUAUUAAGCUUAAUAAAUUCAUAAAUUUAAAGCAAGAGUGUUCUUUUUCUGUUUCGCUCUCCUUUAC